AUGCUAGAUACUGAGAAGUGGAAGGCAAAGAAGAUCAACCAAGUAGCCCAACAUGAAAUAAUUGUGAUUGGUGAUAGUGACGACGAUGAUGUUAAUGAUUAUGUUAACAACAAUGGCAAUGAUGAUGAUGAAGUUGAGAUUAUUUCGUCUAAUGAAAUCUUUUUCGAACCUGAGGAAUUGAAGGGAAUGACUUUGAUAGAAAGAAAUAACGAAGUCAUAAAACUUCUAUGUGGUAUUACCCAUCCUAAAUAUGGUGAUUCUAUUGGCAAAAUUUCAAUUUAUCGUGACGGUAGAAUUGAAAUAGAUUGUGAUUGCUAUCCUGGCUGCAAUGCAGAAAAAAUAAGUCCAAGUGAAUUCGAAAAGCAUGCAGGGUUUAAUGGAGUGAGCAAUUGGAGGGGCCAUAUAUGGGUUUUUGUUGAUGUAACAAAAGAGCGCCUAAGGGAAACAAAACUGCUCAAGUAUUACAGAGGAUCAACUAAAGAUCGCAGUGAUCCAGUUAAGCCUGCUCGAAGUCGAACUGUCCACCGUGAUGAGUUCAUGAAAUGCACCGCUUGCGGCAAGCGCCGACCCUUUCUGCGCCGAACCAAAGACCAGUGUAAGGUCUACCACCAAGCAACCAAAAACAGUGAUACUUGGACUUGCUCUGACUUUCCUUACUCAUUGUAA